UGGCGUAUGCUUCAAAGAUAAUACCACAUUAUUGAAUCACACACUACCUUUCUUUCUCUCACACUUUCCCUUCCAUUUUCUCGAGAAAAAUUAUUGCUUUCCUUCACAAAAUCGUCCAAUCAAGACCUCCAUUUGUUGAUUUCUCAAGCAGUGGAACAAAUCAACAAAAUGACGCUCCUCUUUCUUCUGAUUUUCUCUUCUUUGAUCUCCUCAUCAAUGUCCAAUUACCCGACUUUGACUAAAAAGUACCAGAUCGAAUGCACAAUGUGCUCAUCCUGCAGCAACCCAUGUGGCCAAGUCUCCCCGCCACCGCCGCCUGUGCCGGUAUCAUCACCUCCGCCGCCAUCCACGACCAUCUGUCCACCACCCCCAUCGCCGCCAAGCUCUGGCGGUUACUAUUACUCUCCACCACCUCCUUCUCAAUACACAUACUCCUCUCCACCGCCCCCACAAGGCGGCGGUGGGGGUGGUGGUGGAAGUUACUAUUAUCCUCCUCCAAGAAACUACGGCCCUGCACCGCCACCACCAAACCCAAUUGUACCUUACUUCCCUUUCUACUACCACACUCCUCCACCAUCUGAUUCACCGCCAGUGAAGUUAGUUUUGAGUUCUGUGGGUUAUGGUGUCGGUUUGGUACUUGUUUGGGCCUGUUUGUUUUGAUAGAAAGUGAUGGAAAGCGAAAUAAUGUAACAGAUUGGCAGAUCUGAAAGAUGGGAAUGCAGAGAGGUGUUGAGAAAGGAAAUGGGCACUGGGACUUGUGAAUUUACGAGAAUUGCCGAACCGAGCUUGGAUUUAAUAGUAAAGCAGCAGGUAUUUGUGACAUUUGCGAUUUGAUAGAUCUCUCUCGUUUCUCUGCGGUGCAGAGUGAUCUGUAAUUUGUUGACAAUUAAAUUGUACUUAUUUUUGUUUUUUUGAGUACUAAUUGGAAAAUUAGCUACAAGUAGUCUUUUUUUCAAUAAUUAAUAUAGUUUUUUUUCUCAUUUAUUAGUUCAUAUAAUAUUAUCCUUUCACUUA